GUGCUGGAGUCCGGACUCAUCAAAAACAUGCAGGACAGCGGUCCCUGAGGACCAGGAUUGGGGACUACUGCUAUCCAUACAGGAAAGAGUUUGAGAGCGGAGCGGCUCAUGUUGGGCCCGUUUAUUGGGUUAGCAGGCAAGAAGUCACCGCUCGGAGCAUCCUGCUAGCCUAGCAGCUAAAUCAGCUAGAAGAUUGGAGGUGAGGAUUGCAGUAAGCAAACAUGGCAGGUGGAAUCACAGAAACCGGCGAGCCGUACUCUCCAUUUGUGGGGCUGGUGUACAUGUUCAACCUGAUAGUGGGAACAGGAGCCCUGACCAUGCCGAAAGCCUUCGCUGCAGCCGGUUGGGUGGUCAGCUUGUCGCUCAUCGUCUUUUUAGCAUUCAUGAGCUAUAUGACAACCACUUUUGUGAUCGAGGCGAUGGCGGCGGCCAAUGCUCAGCUGCGUUGGAAGAGAAGAGAGCAGGAAGAGACUGACGACGCCGACUCCAUGACCGACGAUUCGGAUGACGAUUCGGGUCAAGGUCGGUCGGAACCGGAAACGAAGCCCAUCCUGUCUGUCCAGAGGUCGGGUCAUGAUCACUUCGACAUCGUGGAGCGGGUCGAGAUGGGUCAGAUGGCCUCCAUGUUCUUCAACAAAGUCGGAGUCAACAUGUUUUACAUCUGCAUCAUCGUCUACCUGUACGGCGACCUGGCCAUCUACGCCGCCGCCGUGCCCAUUUCGCUCAUGGAGGUCGCCUGUGGGAAUCACUCCUGCAGCGCCGGCAGUGUGAAGUACAACGACACCGACGCCUGCUGGGGCUCCGUCACCAGGAAGGACGCCUACAUGGUGUUCCUGAGCCUGUUUACCCUUCUGUUGGGGCCUUUCACCUUCUUCAACGCCCAGAAGACCAAAUAUCUUCAGAUUCUCACCUCACUCAUGCGUUGGAUCGCUUUCACCAUGAUGAUCAUCUUGGCUCUGAUCCGGAUCGGUAAAGGAACGGGCGAGGGCCGUCCUCCGGUCGCCAGCCUCUCCGGAGUGCCCAACCUGUUCGGCGUGUGCGUCUACUCCUUCAUGUGCCAGCACUCCCUGCCCUCCCUGGUGACGCCCAUCUCGGAUAAGAAGCGGGUCGGCAGCCUGGUUCUGGCCGACUACGUCCUCAUCCUGGGCUUCUACGUCCUGCUGUCGUUCACAGCCAUCUUCUGCUUCGACAGCUCGCUGCUGCACGACAUGUACACCCUGAACUUCACCGACAACUGCGACGUGUUGGACAUCCCGGUGCUGCGCUACUUCCUGGGCUUGUUUCCCGUCUUCACCAUCAGCACCAACUUCCCCAUCAUCGCUGUGACGCUGCGCAACAACUGGAAGACGCUGUUCCACCGGGACGGCGGCACCUACCCGUGGGUGGUGGACCGGGUCGUGUUUCCCCUCAUCACCCUGGUGCCGCCCAUCGUGGUGGCGUUCUGCACGCACAAUCUGGAGACCCUGGUGGGAAUCACGGGGUCGUACGCGGGGACGGGGAUCCAGUACGUCAUCCCGGCGUUCCUGGUGUUCUACGCCAGGCGCCACCUGGAGCCCGUGAUGGGCCGAGACGCCGUCAACAAGCACCGCUCUCCGUUCCGCCACGCCUUCUGGGUGUGGUUCGUGUUGGCGUGGGCGGCGUCCUGCCUCAUGUUCGUCACCGCCAACAUCAUCCUGACUGAGACGAAGAAAUGAGAACCGCUUUUAACGGAAAAAUCUGAGACCGUUUGGCCAGUUUUCUUGGUUCCUGAGGCCUUAGCUGCUGCUGGGUGAACUGUGCCUUUUUUAACCAAACUGCACUGCAAAAAUACAAAACCUUACCAAGUAUUUCUGUCUGGUUUCACUGCAAAUAUCCUAGUACAGUCGAAAUAAAGAUAAACAUGCACAAAAUAUGCUCAGUAAAAACAAUUAUUCUUAAUACUUUUAAGAAUAAUUUAGUUUUGUCAUUUUAAAUGUAAUAAGAUGUUUGCACUAGACAAAAAAUACUUGGUAAGAUUUUUUUGCAGUGUUUAGUUAGUAAUUUUAAUGCAAUCAAUGUUUUAUCAUUUUAACAAAAAGGACCAAAUUUUUUUUGUAUGAUUGACGGUGAUCAAAGGGAUUUUAUUAAACAGAUUUUUCCUCAUCAAGCAGCCGACAGAUUGAGAUUUUUACGUUGCGUUUUAAGGGAGUUGGCGUCCAGAAACUUUUAGAGGAUUCGUCUCUCAAUCUGAUUAUUUUUUACCAGAUUAAUGCAGAUUAGAAAAACUGAGGAAUCUGUUUACACUGCAAAACUCAACAUUUUAACAAGUAUUCUUUAGUUUCUCAUCUAAAUAUCUUAUCACACUUUAAAUAAAUCAAAACUAAUUCACACGUAACUUUUCAGCUUGUUUUAAGUCAAUAAUACUUCAAUACUGAUUAAAAACUACAAGCUCCAAAAAUAUUUUGCUACAAAUGAAAUAAUCUGCCAGUGCAGACAUUUAUCAUAUCGUUUAUCAUGAAAAUAUCUCAUCGCGAUAAGAAUUUUUAUUUGUCAUAAUUUGAGCUGAUGUAAAAAAAACUCCAGAUUUUCCCCACAGAAACGUGAAAAAAGCAAAUUUAAAACUGAUUAAAUAAAGUAUUUAUACUCAGCUUAGUGAGAAAAAUCCCAUUUCUUUAAAUAUGAAGAUUAUUUCACAUAGGAAUGUUUUUCAAAGAGCAGCAUUUAAAACAUUUAAUUUUACCAAGUAUUUUAGUUUCUAGUGUAAAUAUCUCAGUUCACUUGAAAUGAGAAAAAAAUCUAACUUACAGGUAACUUUUUAGCAAAAACACAGGAGCUUGUUUAAAGUAAUCAAUCCUUAUUAUUGAUGGAAAAUUACUGGUUCUACAUAUAAAAAGGGAAAAUGUUUUGUUUCAAGUGAAAUAAAUAUCAAUAUUAAAUAAUUUACUUAAAACAAGCUCCUAUAUCUCUUUCUGAAAAGUUACUUAAGUUUGUUUUAAUUUUAACUUUACUAGAAAUUAGACAAAUACCUGGUAACAUUUUGUUUUCAGUGUGAAGUUUCCCUAAAUAGAAGUAAUAGUUUUGUAUAGUCGCAAUAGUAAUGCAAAAUAUUGUGAUAAAGUUCUAUAUCCACGCCUCCAAAGAUUACUUUUUUAAUCCGCAUUAAGGAAUUAUUGACUUAAAUUAAGCUCCUAUUUAUUGCUGAAAAGUUAUUCAAGUUUCAGAUGUACAGAUAUUUAAACUAGAUGAAAAUACUUGGUAAGAUUUUGAGUUUUUUUCAACGUAAUCAAGUUUCAACCUGCUACCUCUCACUUGAGUUUUGUUGGAAACAAAUUUCCUGUUUCUGUCAAACAAACCCGUCGCUGUUUUCACUGUGGAACGAAAAGCUGCAGGAAGAUUUUUCUUUCUUUUAACGACGGUCAUUAAAACCUCCGACUGGAAAAAAGAAUCGGUGAAGGAUCCGCCGGAGGUUUCCUGCCGAGCUUCUCAAUAAAACUUCAUCAGAGGAGCAGAGAGGAACCGCUUGGCGGCAACGAGGCUGGAAGAAAAACAAUCGCUCCCCCACCGCCGCCGCCGCCCAGCAGGGGGUCUGAGGCGACGUCUCCGUUCUCCAUGGGAGAAACUGACGGAUACGCUCCAGUUUCUCUGGGUUUAUGUUCCUGUUUCUUUAAGUUUACACUCCGGACCGGUUCAUGGUCCGGUCCACACCUCCUCAGUCUGAAACGUCCAACUUUAACAGAUCAAAAGCUUCAGUCUGAGUUUUAUAAUCAAUUAAAACAAUAAAGAUAGCAGACGAUCAGUCUUAAUAAAACUCUGCAGAUAUUUCAUUUGAUGCUCAAAGUCUGUA